GGUGGAGGUAGCAUUAGUUGUGGCUCCAUAUUAGGCAUGCUUGGGACUACAAAUGUGUUGGACUACAGAUCCCAUGAGUCCAAGUACUAUAAAGGGGGAAAUCAAAUCUUCUGGCCUUUCUCUUUGUGGGACCAUGUGCUGCUUAGGAGAAGCUGUGUGUAUGCUUAAAGGAUAUAUACUGGUGGAUGCCUCAGAAAUUGAGUAGAUUCAUUCAUUAACACAGAUGAUGCAUGAUUGCCGUUUACUUUUAUCUAAAAUAUUGGUGGGUUAAUGUUGGGUUGUAAGAUAUGACUUUUAACCGUUACACUAUGAUGAAGUGAUUUGCAUUUCUUGUGGGACUGUGAUUUUGUUUUGUUUAUUUGUCUUCGUUUUGUGUAAAUCAACCAAAGACAAAGGGGUUCCCAUUCUUGUAUGCAUGGUUGACUCCUAAGGUGAUUGGGCACAAUUUGUAGUGGUUUGAGUCAAGUGCGUGUUGGUUUUCUAUUACACUUGUGUUAUUGGUUUUGUGCUGUGAUUUGAGUGUAUUCUUUAAUAGUGGAACUGCCAUUGUAUGGGAUUGGGGAACCCUAUGGUCUAUAGUGGGUUAAACCUUUGUGUUUUCGUUUCUUUGCCACUUCUUAUUACCAUUUUUGUUUAAUAAAUCUGUUUGUGCUUGCAAGGAAACACACUGUGGUUGUUGCCCUUCUUUUACACCUUCCCCAUUACUUGUAAGGCCUGGGGAGGGUUACAAAUGGCGUAGUCGGCAGGAUGCAAAUGAACAAUUAAUGCAACAAUGUUCUGCAUCCAGCCGUGACUCUCUUAACCAGCCUGUAUCCAGCAUUAAUGCUCCUCUGCCGGUGCCUUUCACUAGAGUGAUGUAUGUUCCUCGGGAGCGGAAGUGUCGACGGUUCUGUGGGGACUUGGACUCUACUUCGAGCAUAGAGGACUGGAUUGAGGAGGCUGAAGCCUGCAUUGGGGAUGACAGUUGGACUGUGCGAGAAAGGGUAGCAUUCCUUUUAGAUCAUUUAGGAGGGGAAGCCAGAAUGGAGAUUAAACUCAGAGCAGCAGCUGAACGUCAGACUCCCGAACUUAUAUUUAAGGUUUUAAGAAGUAUGUAUGGAGCAAAACAAACAUUUGUGCAGUUGCAGAAAGGGUUUUAUGAUCGAAAACAAAGAGAGGGUGAAUCCCUAAUUGAAUUCUCUCAUGCACUUAUAUCUUUGAUGGAUUCUAUUCUCGUAAGUAGUCCACAUGGUGUCCCGAAUGCUGACCAAGUUCUCCGUGAUCAGUUUGUGGAGCAGGUUAAAGAUGUAGCACUUAAACGUGAACUUAAACGUUUUGUAAGACAAACUCCACACUGUACCUUAAUUGAUGUUCGAAGUGAGGCUAUCAGAUGGAAUGAGGAAGGCAAAGGAGAGGCUAUUCCCCCUGCUGCUCAGUUAUGGUGUAAUGCUGCUCAGGGUAGAGUAACUGAAUCACCUAGGCCUAAUGACUCUACUGAAUUAAGAGAAAUUAAGGAGUUGUUAAAGCACCAACAAGCUCAGAUUGAUGAGAUUACGAAGCGUCUUGAUGAUCUUAAACCCUCAAGUAAUGAACCCUCUGUCCCUUUGACAAGGCCAAAUGGUUCUCGAAGGUGUUUACGUUGUAAUAAAUUGGGUCACAUUGCCCGAUAUUGUCGACAACAAUGGCCUGUUGAUUCUGGCUCUAGGUCAGCUGGGGGAACAACGAGGGGAACACCGGUGGAGGAGAUAGAUGAAUGUGCCUCUCCUGUGGUUACUAGUCAAGAAACUGAAAUAGGCAUUGAAGGUUUAAAAACCUCAAGACUUGUCUGUCCUACAGUGGUGCAGCGUCUUAUCGGCAAAUGUCCCACAGUGACGAUUCAAAUGGGGGGUGUUCCUGUUUUAUGUUUGCUGGAUACUGGCUCAAUGGUGACCACUAUAACAGAGACUUUUUUUGACCAAUGUUUUCGACAACUAGCACCAGAUGCUCUAAAAAAAUGUGGCUGGCUUCAACUGAGAGCUGCGAAUGGUUUGAAUAUCCCUUAUGUGGGAUAUUUUGAAAUUGAUGUUAAUGUGUUGGGACAAAUUCUACCUAAACAGGGUGUAUUGGUUGUGAAAGACCCUGAAAACAUUGAUAUGUCUAAAAAGAAAGAACUGGUCCCUGGUCUGUUGGGGAUGAACAUAAUAGGGCAGUGUUAUAACAAUUUGUUUGAAGAACAUGGUUCAGCCUUAUUUUCAGUUCUACAGGUUAGACGAGCAGAAACUGGUUGGAAGGAUGCAUUGUUGCAGUGCCAGAGAACCAGUGAUCCCUUUGGUCCUGGUUAUAUUGGCCAGGUACGAGUGCAAGCAAAGCAUCCAGUGCAGAUUCCUGCCGGAACAAUGAGGUUAGUUACAGCUUACUGCCCUAAAACUUUUUCAAAUGUAGCCACUUUAUUUGAACCCCUUGGUGGUGAUGGGAGCGGUGGAUUUCCUGCAGGAAUUUUGAUCUCCCCUGCAUUGUUACAAUCCUCCCAAACUACAAUUUGUGUACCUGUGGUUAAUGUCAGCACAGAAACUGUAUAUUUACCUGCAAGAGCAAAGUUGGGUAGUUUGAUUAAAGUUGAGAUGGUUAAUCAAUCUGACCAAGAAAUUUCAUUUAAGGAAAAUUUGCAAGGCAGUGUUAGUGAAAUUGUUAUUCAGUGCCAGAUGUCAGCUUCUGUUUCAAACCACAGUGAGCUAGAAAGGGUCGAAUUAUCGGGGCUUUCAGAGGCAGAAAGGGAAGUGGUCAAACAUCUUUUGCAUAAAUAUCAGGAUGUUUUUGCUAAGGAUGAUGGUGACUUGGGCUGCACUACUUUGAUAGAGCACCAUAUCCCAUUGUUGGAUAAUGUCCCAGUGCGUCAGCGUCAUCGUCGAAUUCCACCUAGUCAGUGGGAGGCUGUCAAAGCCCACAUUAAGCAGCUGUUGGAGAGUCAGGUCAUUCGAGAGAGUUGUAGCCCAUACUCAUCUCCCAUUGUGCUGGUAAAGAAAAAGGAUGGUUCCUUGAGAAUGUGUGUAGAUUAUCGUCAGUUAAAUGCAAGAACUCGGAAGGAUGCUUAUCCACUUCCCAGGAUUGAGGAGUCCUUGGAUGCUUUGACUGGGGCAAGAUGGUUUUCUACAUUGGAUUUAGCAAGUGGAUACAAUCAAGUCCCGGUGGCUGAAGCUGAUCGUUCCAAGACUGCCUUUUGUACUCCUUUUGGGCUCUUUGAAUUUCUUCGGAUGCCUUUUGGGCUUUGCAAUGGGCCAAGCACUUUUCAACGGCUCAUGGACCGAAUUUUUGGUGACCAAAGUUUUCAGUCCCUACUGCUCUAUCUUGAUGACGUGAUCAUUUUUUCAACAACAGUAGAACAGCAUCUGCAGCGACUAGAACUGGUACUGAGUCGUUUAAGGCAACAAAAUCUUAAAGUUAAGCUCAGUAAGUGUUGUUUCUUUUGCCCAAAAGUACGUUAUUUGGGACAUGUCGUUUCGGCUGCAGGAGUGAGCACUGAUCCAGAAAAGAUAGCUGCAGUGGUAAAUUGGAAACAGCCACAGACUCUUCAAGAACUUAGGUCCUUUCUAGGUUUUGCUAGUUAUUAUCGACGAUUUGUAAAAGGGUUCUCACGUAUUGCAGAGCCUUUGAAUGCUCUAGUAGCUGAAGUCAUUCGGGGCCAGAAAACCAAGCGGCCAAAAGUUAAUUUGGGGGAUAGGUGGGUUAAAGCUUGUGAAGAUGCGUUUCAGACCCUUAAGGUAGCUUUGACCAGUGCCCCUGUGCUUGCUUAUGCUGACUUUAGCAAGUCAUUCAUCUUGGAGAUAGAUGCAAGUUUUCAAGGCUUGGGUGCCGUUUUGUCACAGGAGUACAAGGGCAAGUGUAGACCAGUUGCUUAUGCAAGUCGAGGGUUGAGGCCAGCAGAACGUAAUAUGCGAAACUAUAGCUCAAUGAAGCUGGAAUUUGUGGCUCUAAAAUGGGCUGUAGCUGAAAAAUUCAGAGAGUAUCUGCUGGGAAAUAAGUGUACAGUAUAUACGGAUAACAACCCUCUUAGUCAUUUGCAGACAGCAAAGCUGGGGGCACUGGAACAAAGGUGGGUAAAUCAGCUUGCAGAGUUUGAUUUAGAUAUCAAAUACAGGCCUGGACGCAAUAAUGGCAAUGCUGAUUCCUUGUCUAGACAAAGCUCCACCCCUUUGGUGGAGCUGGCUUCGAUUGCAGUUGUGCCGGAACAAAUACGGCAGUCUGUUACAGAUCAGGGUCAGGUCUGCAGGGUUAAUAAAGUAUCUGUCUUUCCCAGACCGUUGAAGGAAAAUUUGGGUGUGUUGCAGGAAGCUGACCCUGUCAUAGGAAGGUUCUUACCUGCCUUCAUGAUGACCAUGGCCAUCAGGGGAUGGAGCGAACUGCAAGGCUAGUAAGAGCACGUUGUUAUUGGCCAGGAAUGUAUAGGUAUGUUGAGGACUGGUGUAGGAAAUGUCAGCGCUGUACCCUCUCAAAAGUGGUUAGACCGAAGGUGCGUACAUUCAUGGGGCAUUUGAUGGCUGACCGACCCCUUGAUAUUGUAGCAAUCGAUUUUACAUUAUUGGAACCAUCAACUAGUGGAAUGGAGAAUGUAUUAAUCAUGACAGAUGUGUUUUCAAAAUAUACCCAAGCAAUCCCUACUAAAGAUCAGACCGCUAAAACAGUGGCCCGUGUAUUAGUGGAACGAUGGUUUUAUUUGUUCGGUGUCCCGCGACAGUUACAUUCAGAUCAGGGAAGGUGCUUUGAGAGCCACCUGAUAAAAGAACUCUGUGAAAUCUAUGGUAUUGCAAAGACUCAUACUACACCAUAUCAUCCUCAGGGGAAUGGUCAGUGUGAGCGGUUCAAUAGAACGAUGCAUGACCUGCUGCGUACACUCCCUGCUGAAAAAAAAAGAGACUGGCCAUCUUACUUGUCACAGUUGGUGUUUGCAUAUAAUACCACAGAACACCAGUCUACAGGUUACUGUCCUUAUGUCCUGAUGUUUGGACAAGAACCACACUUACCGGUAGAUUUUAUGUUAGGACUGGAUGACUAUGGCCCAACAAAUGUGGACUGGAUAGUUGACCACCGAGAUAAUUUGGAAAGUAUUUUCAAUAAUGCCCGAGCCCGUCUUCAGAAAGCUGCAGCUCAGCGUGCCCGUGUAAAUGAUGCUAAGGUGUCACAGAUGACAUUAAGGGAAGGCCAGUUGGUAUAUAAAAAAGCACAUGAUCAUCAAGGCAGAAAGAAAAUCCAGGAUGCUUGGGACCCAACCACUUAUCAAAUUGUUCGAUGUCCCGAGGGGCAAGGGUCUGUAUAUUCUAUUAUUCCAGUUGAUGGUGGAAAAGUGAGACAAAUACACCGUAGUGAGUUGCGACCAGUUUAUGUCCCAUCAGAAGGUCGAACCGAAAGUCCAGGACUAUUCCCUUUAAGUGAGGAUCCUGAGGAGCAGAGAAGGGAUAUGAUAGUAAUGUUAUCAAGUGAACCUGGUGUGCCUGCAGAGAAUGAGUUAUGCAUACCACUUCCAGCAGAAGAAGGUGAUCCUCAAGAGCUGACUUUACAGCCAUGUCGACAACCGGAACAGCCAGUGCAGCGACAGGUGGACCUAGUAAGGCGGACAACCCGGUCCACAGCAGGGCAGCAUACAAAUCCACAUAAUCUUCCUCAGUCAGCCGUGUGUAGAGAAGUCCAUUCAAAUGGUUAUAUCUUUCUCCCGAGAACAGAGCUCUCCAGUGUUACAAACACCCUGUUUUUUCGACCAUGGUCAUAGAAAUUUGAUCGACGGGACGCCGAUUUAAAAUAAGGGGGGUGUAUUGUAAUGGGGUGGAGGUAGCAUUAGUUGUGGCUCCAUAUUAGGCAUGCUUGGGACUACAAAUGUGUUGGACUACAGAUCCCAUGAGUCCAAGUACUAUAAAGGGGGAAAUCAAAUCUUCUGGCCUUUCUCUUUGUGGGACCAUGUGCUGCUUAGGAGAAGCUGUGUGUAUGCUUAAAGGAUAUAUACUGGUGGAUGCCUCAGAAAUUGAGUAGAUUCAUUCAUUAACACAGAUGAUGCAUGAUUGCCGUUUACUUUUAUCUAAAAUAUUGGUGGGUUAAUGUUGGGUUGUAAGAUAUGACUUUUAACCGUUACACUAUGAUGAAGUGAUUUGCAUUUCUUGUGGGACUGUGAUUUUGUUUUGUUUAUUUGUCUUCGUUUUGUGUAAAUCAACCAAAGACAAAGGGGUUCCCAUUCUUGUAUGCAUGGUUGACUCCUAAGGUGAUUGGGCACAAUUUGUAGUGGUUUGAGUCAAGUGCGUGUUGGUUUUCUAUUACACUUGUGUUAUUGGUUUUGUGCUGUGAUUUGAGUGUAUUCUUUAAUAGUGGAACUGCCAUUGUAUGGGAUUGGGGAACCCUAUGGUCUAUAGUGGGUUAAACCUUUGUGUUUUCGUUUCUUUGCCACUUCUUAUUACCAUUUUUGUUUAAUAAAUCUGUUUGUGCUUGCAAGGAAACACACUGUGGUUGUUGCCCUUCUUUUACACCUUCCCCAUUACUUGUAAGGCCUGGGGAG